GAUGAAAAAGCUGUUACGGAAGACGAGGGAGGAUGGUCAGAGCUGCCAGAUUUGAUCAUCGAGACCAUUUACUCACACCUUAACAUGAGGGAACGUUACUACUGCUCCAUGGUCUGCAGACGGUGGUACGAUGCCUUUUACCUUCCUCAAUCUUGGUCUGUUUUCGUCUUCGACGAGCGGACCUUGACUAGAAGGAGAUUUAACUAUUACUCGGGCUGGCAGUAUACACUUGACCACUUGCGUGCCCAAAUGUGCCUCUCUACUGUAGGAAGCUUCUUCAGGGUCCUUAUCUUUGCUCCGAUGACUAAUUUCUACAAUAUGUACGAGUUCAUGAACAUGUUAUCCUUCUACGCUGAACAUCACAAUGCAAAAGAAAAGUGUACAGUCAGUGGAAUUGGAGAACACAUUCAUACACUGAGGUACCAGUUUCCUUGUGACUUGCUGGCAAGAUUUGAAGAAGAUCAGAUAUCACGACUCUAUGGAACGGGUGGGAAACUUCUUGAAGCAGUGAAAAGGCUUAUGGGUAAUCUGAAGAAAUUGCGUCAUUUGGAGCUAACUGAUUUACUGCUGGAUGGCACUGAAGCCAAGACUUUGCUUGACGACGUUGCGACAGAACAAUGCCUAAUUCUUCGAACUCUCAGCCUUGUCAACAUGACCAAGUCUACCUGCACAAUUAUACAUCCUGGAGUUUUUAUCAACUUAAAGGUGUUGGAGAUGAGUCCACAAAACCUUUCUGAGGAACUGGUGUCGCUCCUGGCGGACAGUGGAUUGCCGACGCUUCACCUGAGGCAGACCGAGCACAGCCCGCCCAGUCCGCCUCCUGUCAGCCCCAAGACCUGGCGCCAAGCUACUUCUCGUAAUCCUCAUCUCAGGGUCCAUCUCAGCCUCACCUCCUUGAGGGUAGAGCGAGAGAUCGUCUGGCAGGAGAAAGCACCUGUCGCAUCCAUCCUCUAUGACUGUCCCUUUAGCAAGCUGGAAGGCGGACUCCUGAACAGGACUUUGGAGUGGUACAGGGACACCCUGCAGCUAUUCGGCCACGUCGGUAUUCCAAAAUUCAACAUGCCCAAGUCCUUCGUAGACAGAUCUGAUCCUUUUCUACUCAUGAUGGUCAAGGAAUGCCCCAGGUUGAAUACACUUAUAUUGAGGGAAAGAGUGUCAACGUGCACGCUUCUACUUAUAGCUGAAGCUGGUCGCAGCAGGCUUAAGGACUUGUAUGUCAGGAGAAAUGCUGUUAUCAAGAGAUGUGAUUGGCCUAUUAGCCCAGAUUGGGACUACGAUUACCAACAAUGGUUGAAGAAAUGUUCCCAAUCGUAUGAGGAAACCGAGAGUGCCAUCAGCGACAUCUUUGGAAGGUCGUGGACAAUGCUUUCCGAUAAGGAAUUUGUCAAACUUUGGCCCAAGAUGUUUUAA